AUGGCCUCGAUCUUUGAUGCCGCCGCCGGCGGCGACAUUGGCGCCAUGAACGGUUUCCUGGACGCAGAUGACUUCGACAUCGAUGCGAAGGACUCCUUGGGGAACACGGCGCUGCACUGCGCCUCCAAGGCCGGAGAGGCUGCAGCUGGUAGCCUGCUGGUGGAAUGCAGCGCUGACGUCAACAUCCAGGAUGCUCAUGGCAACACACCGCUGAUCCUCGCCGGCAUCCAUGACAAGCGCCUGGUGGCCUCCAUGCUGCUCUGGGGAGGUGCGGAGCGCGACCUGCAGAACAAUCGCGGCAACACUGCGCUGCAUGAAGCGGCCAUCAGCGGUGCCAAAGACGUGGCGUGGUUGAUUGUUGAGAAUGGGGGCGAACGGUCCGUGAGGAUCAAGAACCAGGACGGGAAGACGCCGCUCGACAUCGCCAAAGAGUCAGGCCAUCCUAAUGCUGACCUGCUGGAGCUCUUGGAAGGCGCUGACAAGGAGAUGUCCGUGUUCCUUUCCAAAAAGGCCUGUGACGAAGGCCGAUGCAGGUCCAGCUCAGCCUGCUGA